UAUAAACCGGUGACUUCUCAUCGUUUGCAAACAACAGCAUACGGCUCCAGACCUCAACAGACUUUUCCCCAUUUGAACCUCACCGUGGACAUGGCUCUUUUCUUGUUCCUGCUGUGUUCAGGAUUAUUUCACUUUGCUUUUACUUCACAGCGGCUACGAAUCUUGUAUUUUCCAAAAGGUGAUACUGGCGUCGCAUGGAAUGAAUCACUGGUCAAUUGUGCUCUGGAAAAUGGAUCCCCUGUAACUCUGUAUGAUCAAGAGGACGCCGAUUUCACAUCAAAAUUCUUAAAAUCAGAAUUAAGUCGACAAAAGCCUCUCUGGCUUGGCCUGAAUAAGAGACAAAGAAAUCAUACCUGGUCAGACGGUGUCAAUGUCAGCUUCAGUAAAUCAUCUGUUAAUGAGACAGAAGGGAAGCCGAUUUGUGAAGCUAUUGACAACAACACAUGGACGGGUCAUAAUUGUUCAGAGGAGAAAUACUUCAUGUGCUCCAACGGUAGCAGUUACACCCUGAUUACAGAAGAGAAGAGCUGGUGUCAGGCUCUGAAGCACUGCAGAACGUACUACAAGGACCUGGUCAGCAUCCUUAACGAAAUCCAAAAUGACGAAGUGAUUGGAAAGGGACACAACACAAGCUUUUGGAUAGGACUCUUGCAUGAUGAUUGGAAGUGGCACGACAAUGGCUGCUCUUCAUAUAGAGACUGGAUGAAAAAAACGCAAAGCCACUCAAUAGAGGAAGAAAAACACUGCACAGUUUACCAAGGUGCACAAUUGAAUCAGAUGAGCUGUACUAGAGAUGCAAAAACAGGCUUUUGCUCCAAAGGUACCAUGAGAAUCAUAGUCAUCAAUAAAAAUUUAACAUGGGAAGGAGCCUUUGACUACUGCCAGAAACACCACUCAGGCCCGCUGUGGAUCGAGGACGAGGGAGAUCAGAAAGCUGUCGAACAAUGGCUCACACACAGCAAUGUGAAUGGUUCGUUCUGGAUCGCCCUGAGGCAGACUCAUGUCUUUGGAUUCUGGAUCUGGAGAGACAGUCAAGUGUGUUACAACAACUGGAAGGAUGGAACAGUGCCUGUGCCGCCCUCCUCAAACCUUUGUGGUGUCAUCGACAAGACGGAAAACUACAAAUGGAGAGAUGAAGAGUGUUUGCUUGAGCAUCCUUUUCUCUGUGAGGAGGAGAUUGUAAUCCUGUAAAUUUUGCUCUGAGUAUUGAUGUGUUUCCUGAAUUUGCUGGUAUAUGUCUUAAGGUUUUUGUUUUUACCAUAACAUUGUUGUGUUAUAUGUGUGUCGUUAAUAGACAGUGAUGAUGUGUACAUAACGAUGCCCUGUUAUCAACAGAACUGGAAACGGUUCAUUAUUUAACUCAGUGUAACUCAAUCAAUUCACUUUGUAUUUGUGUUUGUGUGAUGCUUGACUUCCUGACCCUCAAGUGAUAAUAAAAAACAUAUAUAUCUGCA